AUGAUAAGACAUUGCUGUGUUACUGCGCUUGUGGUGUUGACGAUAUGUUUGCACGAAAACUCAGGGUUUUUUCUCGACUGCGCGUCCGUUUGCUCGGCCCUCGUCGGAAAUGACACCACAACAGAAAUCUACUCUGGCACGUGCGCAUGUGGUUUUCCAUACGACAUACACCAAAAAAUAACCAAAACCGAGACUCUCCACCUCAACAAGACCGACACCACCUCUCCACCGACGACAUUAUCAACAACAACAACAAUAACAACAUCAACAACAACAACGCAGUCUAUGUGCGACUACUUGUGCUCGAUCCAGGAGGGCGGGGCUGCGUGUGAUUGCAGCAAGUCCAUUGUUCCGGGCAGGUGAACUCGAUGAAGCU